AAAGCUUAGGACAUUCUUCACAGAAUGCAACUCAGAAAGUACUACAGUGAGCAACAUUACAGCAACAACAAUUGCAGAUGCAGCUUUUCCUUUCGGUUUUAAUGCCAUCCAGUUUGAUCUGUAUCUGGACAUCACCGUCUUGCAGGAAAACCUGGCAGCUAUCACUGAGAGAGUGGUGGACACCAGCCUCCAGACGGUCAUUCUUAACAAGUUAAACCAGAUUUUCCCAUCAGGCCUUGGUGAUCAUGUGCUGCAACUACUGGGUUCAACUUCUCGUUUGGCCACAAUUGAUGACAUUAGCAAGUGGAACAUUACUAUGAUUGACACACUGUCCUCUUUGAUGGAUUCAAAUGAUGGAUACUGGGAACCAGAAAAGGGAAAAGCAGUAAUUAUGAGGUAUCUGAGCAUGGGUGAUCACUCUCUGGGAAGUGCUGAAAUAAAUGUCAUUGGUUCCUACAUCUGUACAUUAGACAUCAGUAUACUGGAAAAUAUCACUCCUGAGAGCUUAAUGAUGGUCCUGUCUCCAGAUCUGUCCUCAUGUUCCUUUGAACAGAAAUCUACUCUGUACAUCAUUGUCAAGUAUUCAUUUAGCAACUUUCACAGAAGUGCCACAAUAUACUACCAGCUCAUGAUACCUUACCUGGGUGGUGCUCCAGUGGAGGAUAUCGAAUUUUUAUCCACUCAGGACAUUAACAUGGACAUCACUGUAUUCAUUAGUCUGAACCCUGCUGUUUUCAAGACCCUGAAUGUGAGCACAGUGAGAGGUCUAAUGGGUAUAAACAUUGCUGAUCUGAAACUGUUUGAGUACUCCUCAGCAGUUCAGUCCUGGGUGUCACAACAGAACCAAACUGAUCUGGACACACUGAAUCUUAGCAUCAUCAACCGCAACCCUUGUUAUGGUGUAAACAGUGACCGACUUGAUAGUGAAUUUGCAUCCGGAAAUGUCUCUACAGUACUAUGUAACUUUAGCAUUUCUGACUAUGCCUGUUCACCGGUUGCUGUAUUGUCAUCUGAGGAUCUGUUCACUCUGCUCACAUGCAAACUGCCAAGCAGCCUGAAAUACUCUAAAGAUGCUUGGAAGUUGUUCUUCCAAACUUUUGCUGGCUCUUUGGGUGACGCAUUGCAAAGGUUUUCAAGCAUGACAGAUAAGAGCAUUCAGACUGACCCACAUAUACUUGAUGCUAUCUGGGAGGUGAUAAUCAAGGACUUCACUGCAGCACAGUUGAUGAAUGCCACUUUCAUCAACGAGUGGUUCCAGAUGAGGCUCAGACCAUUGUUUUCAUCAGCAUCCACAGACUUUCUAUCCAGCCUCAGUUUCACAAAAUUCAGCUGUGAGACCUACCAAAUUGUUGUGAAAGCUCUCAGUAGUCAAGAAUCACUCAUGACAGAGAAACAGAAGCAGCUGGUCUUUUCUUCAUUCAUCUUUCCUUUCCUCUCAAAAGAUGGCUCACCAGAUCCUGGCUGUGUUUCCACAACUUCAGGCAGCAAUGACUGGCUUUUAACGAACCUUGGCAGUUUCUUCAAUUAUGCCACCUUGACAGAGCUGAAGAUUUUAAAUGCAAAUUUCUCUAGUGUUGCAGUGUUUGGUUUACUGUCCAUUGAGCAGAAGGCUCAGUUCAUCUUGCAGCCGGAUACAGGAGUGUUGGAAAAUGACUUAGUGAUUAGAGAGGUGUUUAGCAGUAUGAUCGCAUCUUUUGAUCUCAAUCAACUUGGCAUGUUCUUCACAAACUUCAGCCAGACUGCAAAACAAAUGAACCUCACUAGCAUUCCUUCAGCAAUUUCAGACACCAUUCUGAACAUAACACUCUUAGAUCUGGUGCCUCACUUCCAACAUUUCAGCCCAGAGGACUUUGCCCUGUGGUUCCAUAAUUACCUUUCCAUCUUACUUCCUGGUAUUGGUUCAAACACCCUGUCGAUCAUCCCCAUGACCAUCGGCUGUGAAUCCUACAGAGAGAUAGUGAAAGGACUUGAUAAUGUGUACCGUGACCUCUCUGCAACACAGUCCAUCACUGUUUUCAAUUACAUACAAGACUAUCUCAAGUACCAGUCCAGCCAAGGCCUGAGUUGCUAUGGUGGUGGAAGCUUUUACAUGUUCCUGAAACAGUUGUUCCUCAGUUUUGGAUUCCUGACCUAA